AUGAAAUUCAGCAUCACGGGAACAGAGCAGCGUAUCUUCGAUUGGAUCUUUUACAUCUACAUCACUAGUGGCACCUUGUCCUGCAUCCACAAGAAAAUUACGACAAGGUCUUUCACACGCUUUCAAGGCAAACAUGGAAUUACUCUCUCGGUUUCAGAUGUUCCACGUAAGGACUGUUGGGGAGUGUCCUACUCGUCCACCAGCUUCUGUGUCUUGAGGGGCUCAACGGUGAACAUUCCCUGCACAUACGGAUUCCCCACAGACCAGACAGUCACCACAACAGUCUGGUACAGAGAGGUGGAGAAAGGUCAGGAUCCUAUAGACCUGCGUCUGGAGGAAGACUAUAAGGGCAGAGUGGAACAUCUCAGCACUGAGGAGCAUAACUGCACUCUGAGAAUCAGAGACGUGAGAGAAAAUGAUUCAGGACAAUAUCGAUUCAGAUAUGUUACAAACACAGCAGGAGGGGCUUUCACUGGUGGAUUGGUGACACUAUCAGUUACAGACCUGCAGGUGUCAAUGACUGCUGGCACAGUUACUGAGGGAGGAAAUGUGAUACUGACCUGUGAUACGACCAGCUGCAAUCUAAAGGCCAACACCUUCAUCUGGUACAAGAACACACAGCCUACCAGACACAGAGCCAUCAACAACACCCUCCACCUAAACCCAGUCAGCAGUGAGGAUGCAGACAGCUACUCCUGUGCUGUUAGAGGACAUGAACAACAUCGAUCACCUAAAGCUACUUUACAUGUCCGAUAUGCACCACAGAACACCACUGUGAUUGUGGCUCGUGAUGGUGAAAUAGUAGUGGGUGAGUCGGUGAAUCUGACCUGCUGGAGUGAUGCCAAUCCACCGGUACACAACUACACCUGGUACAGGAAGACGGGAAAUGAAACCUCACUGCUAGGAGGAGCCCAGAGUUACGUCGUCGCUAACAUCAGCCAUGAGACCAGUGGACUCUACUACUGUGUCGCACAGAACAGUGUUGGUGAACAGCAGUCUGCAGCUGUGUCAGUGCCAAUAACAGAGCAAGGUUCUGCUAAAUAUGCAGCUAUCGGGAUUCUUAUUGUUGUAGCUCUCCUACUACUCCCUGGCCUGCUGUGGCUGAGCAGACGGCGGAAAUCUAGCACUCCCCCCACAACAGGAAGCACAAUGAUUUCGCAACAGCAGGCAGACUCAAGCCCUGUGUAUGACGACGUAUUGACCUCCGACCCUUCACGCAGCCGGAACGCAGAAGCAGACGAUGGCGUCCAGUAUGCCAGUGUUAAGUUCAAGGGCUCGGACAAAGCAGAGGUGGGACCUUACGCCAGCGUUCAGCAUCCUCACACCCAAACAGCACAGGAGGAUGUUCAGUACGCUUCAGUGAAUUUCUCCAGACCGAAGAACACUUCCCAAGCUGAACAGGACCCUGUGAUCUACAGCACAGUCAACAAGCCUCCCAGGACACGAAUACGAUGAGCAUCAAUUAAGAACUUAUGUCUACCGUUCAUAUGAAGUUGCUCUGUCCA